UUCUAAACAGGUGAUAUCGCAGGAUGAGGAGUGCUUCAGUGUUUCUGGUGUUGCUGCUCUGUCUGCACUGGACGUGGGCUCAGGGUGAGAGUGGAGGGGAGACAGAGAACGAUAUCACUCAGUCGGAUGAAGAGAACAAGAACAUAGAGGUUCAGUUUGAGAUUCAGGGUGUCGAAACAAGCCUUGAUCAGAGCAGCAACCAGAGAAACAUCACCCCUGACAUCUGGGCCGAGCUGAAGGAGCUGAGAGACAUGGCCAUUGAACACAGGAUCAAGAUAGAGAAGCUGGAGCAGGACAAUACAUUUUUAGAGGCUAGAAUGAGCUCUAGUGAAAAUGAGAUGGACGAGCUCAAGAGAGAGAAUGCACACCUUCUGACCAGAGUAACAGCAAGUGAAAAUAAGAACACUGCUUUAGAGGCCAGAAUGAGCUCCAGUGAAAAGGAGGUGGAGGAGCUCAAAAAAGAAAACACAGAACGUCCAAAGGUGGCGUUUUCAGUUGGUCUUACUAAUGAAGGACACGUUGGACCUUUCAACACAGACGUCACGCUUAAAUUCACUAAAAUCUUCACCAAUAUCGGCCAGGCCUACAGCCCAAUUACAGGUAUCUUCACAGCGCCAGUGAGAGGAGCAUACUACUUCAGAUUUACCGUGUUUGACAACCGUGCUUUAUCUUGGUUGAGAAUUAAUGUCUAUCACAAUGGCAAGCGAAUGAUGUGGAAUUCAGUUUACAAUGAUGACACUGGUAAUGUCUUUUUGUCGAAUGCAUUGGUUCUUCAGCUAGAAAAGGGGGAUGUGAUCUAUACAGUUCUCCCUUCAAACAGCGGUGUUGCAGAUUAUUCUGAUAAUCUGACCUGUUUUGAUGGUUUUCUGCUUUUUCCUCUUUGAGUACAACUGUAAUGU